GAUCAAUGAGGGAAGUUUUCUGUGUGCCUUUCACAGUGAGCACUUAAUGGGAAUGUCUGAUUUGCUCUGAAGCUGAUUUUGGAAGAGAACGAACCCCAGCCUCCCUUACCACUUAUUCUGGGACUUAUAAUAAUGUGGCUUGGAGUUUAGGCAAGUGCUAAAAAGAAAAGAAGAGCAGAGAAACGUGGAGACACCGUUUCGUUUAACAGAGGACAAGCACACAGCAUAACAAUCAAUGAGUCUGAGCUGCCAAGAAAGAACGUGACAGUAAGGAAGGUCACACACUUCUUCCUGUUCAUCUGCAGGUGUAAAAAGGGUGGCCAGUUCAGUUCCAGAACUAUUACUUCAUUAAGCAAAUUUCACUGAAUAAGAAAACUAUUUAUGCCAAAAUGAAUGCGCUGUCUUAUGCUGCUCUUUGGUUUGUUUGCCUGCUGAAUAUUGUGUCUGGAUCAAAAGCAGCCCUGCCAAAGAACAAAAAAUCCAAGCAACAUUUUCCUGAAAUUGGUUGUGAUAUCAGAGCUGGAAAGAUCAGCAUCCCAGAGUUUAUAGUGAGAUGCCCACGGGGAUGCCAGGAUACAAAGCAGCCUGUAUAUGGCACUGAUAUUUAUGCAUCUGUUUCAAGUGUUUGUAAUGCUGCCAUUCACAGUGGUAUAAUAGGUAACAACGGUGGGAAGAUCCUUGUUCAGAAGCUAGCAGGGCAAGCUGGUUAUAAAGGCAGUUUCUCCAAUGGAGUUCGAUCCUUAUCUCUGCCAAGGUGGAGAGAGUCAUUCAUUAUUGCAGAAGCCAAACCAAAGAAAGGUGUAACCUACCCAUCAGUGAUUGAGUUUUUGCCAUCAAGGACUUCGUCUGUCAGGACAGGUUCCAAAGCAGCAGAGGACACAAAAACACCUAAAGAGUCUGAGAACCUAUCUCAUGCAUCAGACAAGCCAUCAGAACAAGGAACAGGCAUGCUAUCACGGAAGGAGUACAAAGCAACACCUGCACCAGCAACAGAACAUCCUUCCACUGAAGCUGCAGAGAUCACAACCACAGUGCCAGAGCCUACCACAGUAUCAACAGCUAUGACAAUGACUAUGACUACCACAACUCAGAAACUAGCAACUACACAACUCCCACUGAUUACCAGCAGUUCAACAAUCAGUACCACAACAACAACCACUGCAAAACCUCGACCUCCGGUGCAUAAGGCAAGAGAUGCAGGUAGUAGCCACCCUGCAUAUGCUUCUGUAGUUGCUGCAGCUCGAUCAAGACAGAUUCAGGCUGUCCAGGCAAAGGGACAAAGUCAAGCACUCCGGGACACAUCAGCUUACUCCAGCGGUAUUAACAGGCAACUCGCUCGUGGUAGCGCUGGCCUUACCAGACAGGAAUCAGCAGUUGCAGUCCAGAAGUCUGCCAGCGGUUCUCCUGUUAACUCAGGUGCAACCCGAAGAGAUUGGCCAUUUGCAAAACAAAGAACUGACAUACAGACUGGACAAAGAAAGCCAAUAGAUACCAGUGUGGCUGAACCAGAUGUUGGCUAUACCUGGACUGAAGUGGACAAUUACGACACUACAGUUCAGCAUGCCAGACCAGGCCAGUCUGAAUUUGACAAGUGGAUCCUUGGUUUUGACCAAACAAGCAACAGAUAUGCUGAGCCUGAUCCUAACUGGAGAAGCAAACAAGAUGGUACUGAUGCAAGAGGUUUUAAUACAAGAGAACAAGAAUUACACCAAAAGCUUCCUGAGCCUGUUUCUCAUGGAGACCCAAACUGCAAGAUUGACCUAACAUUCUUGAUUGAUGGAAGCUGGAGUAUUGGAAAACGUCGUUUCCGGAUUCAGAAGCAGUUCUUGGCUGAAGUGGCACAGGUGCUUGAUGUGGGUGUAGCUGGUCCUCUGAUGGGAAUCAUUCAGUAUGGUGAUGAUCCAUCAACAGAAUUUAAUCUGAGGACUCACACAAAUUCGAGAGACCUGAAACUUGCAAUAGACAAAAUAUCACAGAAAGGAGGGAUGUCUAAUGUUGGAAAAGCUCUCUUUUACGCAAAUAAAAAUUUCUUCUCUGAUGCUAAUGGGAACAGAGGUUCAGCCCCUAAUGUGGCCAUUGCCUUGGUAGAUGGCUGGCCCACUGAUAAGGUGGAAGAAGCCUCAAGACUUGCAAGAGAAUCAGGCAUCAACAUAUUCUUUGUUACAAUUGAAGGUGCAGAUGAGAAAGAAAAGCACAAUGUUGUCGAACCAAACUUUGUGGAAAAGGCUGUGUGCAGAACAAAUGGGUUUUUCUCCAUCAAUGUUCCAAGUUGGUUCAGUCUCCACAAAAUUGUCCAGCCACUAGUCAAGCGCACCUGUGACAUAGACAGGCUGGUCUGCAGCAAAACCUGCUUAAAUUCUGCCGAUAUUGGCUUUAUCAUUGAUGGUUCCAGCAGUGUUGGGACUGGAAACUUCCGCAAUGUUCUCCAGUUUGUGGCCAACAUAACUAAAGAGUUUGAAAUAUCAGACACAGACACUCGUGUAGGGGCAGUGCAAUACACAUAUGAGCAGAGGCUGGAGUUCAGUUUUGAUAAGCACAGCACAAAACAGGAAUUACUGAAUGCAAUCAAACGAAUCAACUACUGGAGUGGAGGCACCAGUACAGGAGCGGCCAUUACAUAUGCCUAUGAGCAGCUGUUCAGCAAAUCCAAACCAAACAAGAGAAAAAUCAUGAUUGUCAUCACCGAUGGCAGGUCUUACGAUGAUGUCCGCAUUCCAGCAUCAACAGUUCAUCGAAAUGGUGUUAUAGCAUAUUCGAUUGGCAUUGCAUGGGCAGUCCAAGAUGAGCUGGAAGCCAUUGCAACAGACCCUGACAAGGAACAUGCCUUCUUUGUUGACGAAUUUGACAAUCUCUACAAAUAUGUAUCAAAGAUUAUCCAGAACAUAUGCACAGAGUUCAACUCCCAGCCACGGAACUAAUGAGCUGAAGUGUGCGAUUACACUGCAUAACAGAACGCAUUCUGUUAGAUAUGCAGGAAGAUGUUAGAACUCACCUGAUGCAGCGAUGACCUGAGGACUUUCAUUGUGUUCUUAGCGUGAACUAAAAAUUGCUUUGCAUGUGUUGAUCAUGAGCACCCCUACAAUGCCAGAUUUUAAAAAUACCCCAAAUAUAGCUUAUGUAUAUUUCAUAGAUAAUCAAAAUAUUACUGUUACUUCUACCUGUAAAUGCAUACAAAAUAAAGGGUGUAUAUGGAAUUAACUUCUAAUGCCAUCUAUGAAAAAAUGAAAAAACCAUCUCUCUGAUGCACGUAUAACAUAAAAGCCUGUAAAAAUAAAUACUUUUUUUUUUCAUUUUACUUUGGAAUAUAUUACAGCUGUAAUGUUUCUUUCAGAAAUGACUCCACACUGUGCAUACAGAAAAGAAAACCAAGUUAACAUACCUAUCCAAUGUAUUUAAAUGUAGAAUUUUAGUAAAGUGAGGUUCUAAUAUUCCAAAGUCAACCAGACAUAUGCAUUGGCAGAAUUUGUUUCUUGUUUUUUGUGUCAUCUUUCUCUCUUUCCAUGUACUUUCAUAUUUUACUAAUUAACAAAAAUAUUUAAUUACAGCAAAUGUUUCUGAGUGAAUGCUCAAUUAAUUUAUAUAUACAUCUUUACCAGAGAAAGGUUGUCUUUUUUUUUCUACAAAUAUAUAAAUGUGUUAACAUUGGAAACAAGAACUUCUGUUGUAAAAUGUAUGUGCUGCACUAAGCUUUUUACUAUAUAAUUUUGUAAAAUAUUUUGCAAUAAAAUCAAUAGAAAGUA